GAAGUAAAACAGAGUAAAUGCACAGUACCUGAGCAGGUGAUUAAUCUCGAGAUAGCUAUGAUGUCUAUAAGAGGCAACACUCCAUUGUUUGGUUUAACGUCUGCACAAGGUCAAAUUGCAACAGGAUUCAAUUUCGGCGCGUCAUCAAAUGUCAAGGCGGAGGCUGUGUGCUCUAUGGGACAAAGUGAAGCAGAGCAGGAAAUCACAACGUCAGUUUUCGAUAAGCCCUCAAGUACAUCCGACAUGACAUUAGCGGUCGAAGGGAGGCAACUCCAUGUCAACAGAGGUGUCCUUGUGGCUGCAUCAGUCGUGUUCGAAAAAAUGUUUGAGGGGGAAUUCAAGGAGAAGAACGAGAUUCCUUUACCUGAUAAAUCCUAUGCGGAUGUCGUCGAUAUGCUUCUCCGUAUAUACCCAUCAGAACUGAAAUCCAUCACACGAUCAAAGGUGGACAAGCUGCUGGGCCUGGCUGACGAAUACAAGAUGACGGCACUGACACAGAAAUGCGAACGUUUUUUAUUGUACCAGUGCAACGUGAUGACUUCAAGUAACUCCACCUACUGUAAAGAGCUUGUUCAUUACAUAUAUCUGGCUGACAAAUAUCAUUUGGAGGUUCUGUUGACACGGGUCACCGACAUGGCUUCACAUUUGACCUUUGGAGGAAAUGAUGUAAAGUCCGUUUUUGGAAGCCAGGAGCUGGAUGCAUCUGCGAUCGUCAAUCAUAAAGAAUACCUCCUGAUGAGCGAAACAACCCAACUCCUGCUGGCUGUCAAGCGAAUUGCUGUACUGGAAAAUAUAUGCGUACGGGCACCAGUCGUAGUAAAAUUGGCCAAGUAGUGUUUAACUCACUUUCAGUAGUUCAGUAAAAUUGUAGACGACUUAUAAUUUUUUGUAUACUUUGCAUAUUCUAGUUAUUCUCUAAACGGUGAUAUCUCGUUGCAGCAGUUCCAUUUAAAGGUUAAAGACCCCCGUUAGCAUAUUAGUUUUAAACAAUGUUAAGCUCUGGCGUUUUAAGCUUUAAUUAUGACUUAGGUUCUCCGUUUUACUGGCCUAUAUUGUUGUAUGUUCUGUGUUGCUUCUAUACCUUAUAUUUGUAGGCUGACGAGAUGUAAUACCCUUGAGCUCUGUUGAUCAAAGGUUUGCGACGGCGGGUUUCUAUAUAGCUUCUGACAGGUUUCUUAUGGCGAAGUCGGCAGUGGUUCAAAGGUUAAACAUGAUACCACAGCUCCUGAUCUAGAGAUACAUGCACAACCAACACAACGUUAACACCACGUAUCACUGUAGUCAAUGGCAUCACAUUGUUUACUUUGCACACAAUCCACCAUAGUCACUGAACAAAAUAUUUAUUGAUUUCUGACUGAGCGGGGGCGGUCGGGUAGCCUAGUGGUUAAAGCGUUAGCUCGUCACGCCGAAGACCCGGGUUCGAUUCCCGACAUGGGUACAAUGUGUGAAGCCCAUUUCUGGUGUCCCCCGCCGUGAUAUUGCUGGAAUAUUGCUAAAAGUAAAACCAUACUCACUCACUCUGACUGAGCGAUACAUUGCGUUGACAAGCUAAGAAAAUUAAAUGUAUUCUCUAUAAAACGUACAGGAUCUUCAAGAAUAUCAGAUGAUUAUAACAAAUACAAAGAGAUGUCGAGUAGUGGUAAAGGAUGGUUAAGAAAAGGGAAGGGCAUGGUGUAACAUGACCAUCAACAGAGCAUGUGAGGGUGCACACAACGAAGAAAAACGACAAGGCUGUGUGUGGAAUAAUGAACGUUUGAGAUUACUUGAUCAAUUAUGGGUCUUGCCCUCACGCAACAUUCGUUUAUAGGGUGUGGUGUAGUCCGAUUCAAUCUCUCAAUGACAUUUGAACUCCUCUUACAGCACUUGACGGCUUUAAGUAACGGAUGGUCUUUGACGUCGACGUCAAGUCUCCCGUCAUGUCCCAGACGCGCUCUAUGAGGGAAAGGUCAGAAAUGACCAUUGCAUUCUGGUGAUGUCUGGUGAGUUACUGUGCGUGUCCCAUGGACACCAGCGAUAUCGUCUUGAAAGACAAAAUGUGGACCAGCAUGGCGCGCAAACGGCACAGCUAUUGUCGCCAGUAUGUUGUCUCGGUAGUACUGACCCUUCCAUGGACAAUAUGCAGUGGCGUUCUAGCACUCAUAGUGAUCCCACCCCAUAUCAUAUACAGACCCACCCCCAAAUGUGUCAUGCUGCCUUACUUUUAUUGUUCGCAUGACGUUCGUUAGGACGCUUCGAGACACGCCCACAGCUGUCCAGAAAGUAAAGAUUACACGAGACCACUGGCAAUUCCCCAAGUUUCUACGCUCUAAACACCAUUUGCGUCUGGACAGAAUAUGUCGAUUUGCUAGAGGUAGUACAACACGUGAUCGCCGAGCAUGCAGACGAUUUCAAAUCGUCUGGUCUGUGUCUUGAACUCUGGUGGCCUACAUCUUCCCGAGGCAAGAGAGUUAACUGACUAUAUAAGUCCAAGUUUCCACCCUUGCCGAACUAGGCUUGUAUUAUGGAGGUACAUUUUGGCUGGACUAACGAGUGUAUGCAUAGU